AUGACUAGCACAAUGAUGUCUUCAUUAAACCAAGCAAAAUCACCUUUCACUUCUUUGAGCAAUCCUUUACCAAGAAAGCAUUCAGCUUUCAAUGUUUUGAAGUUCUCUCCUCUUCCCAUUAUCCAAAACUCACAAAAAGGUCUAAACUUUGAUAAAGCUUCACAAAAACCACUUCAUAUUUCUUCAAUUGAGAGUUUCUCAUUUUCUAGAAAAGCCCAUCAAGAAAAGCCACUUACUGUUUGCAAUGCAUAUGAGGCUGAUAGGUCAAGGCCACUAGAUAUCAACAUUGAGCUACCAGAUGAGCAAGCAGCUCAAAAGAUUAAAAUUGGGUUAUAUUUUGCAACUUGGUGGUCUUUGAAUGUGGUUUUUAAUAUUUAUAACAAGAAAGUCUUGAAUGCUUUUCCUUAUCCUUGGCUUACUUCUACACUCUCACUUGCUUGUGGGUCUCUUAUGAUGCUGAUUUCUUGGGCUACAAGGAUUGCUGAUGCUCCUAAGACUGAUUUUGAGUUUUGGAAGACUCUGUUUCCCGUUGCUGUAGCACAUACAAUUGGGCAUGUAGCUGCAACUGUGAGUAUGUCAAAAGUUGCUGUCUCAUUCACUCACAUCAUCAAGAGUGGUGAGCCUGCUUUCAGUGUCUUGGUUUCAAAGUUCCUGCUGGGUGAGACAUUCCCCUUGCCAGUUUAUCUAUCACUGCUACCAAUUAUUGGAGGCUGUGCUCUAUCAGCUUUUACUGAGCUCAAUUUCAACAUGACUGGGUUUAUGGGGGCUAUGAUAUCGAAUUUGGCAUUUGUGUUUCGGAACAUAUUCUCAAAGAAGGGGAUGAACGGAAAGUCCGUCAGUGGAAUGAACUACUAUGCUUGUUUAUCUAUGUUGUCUCUGUUGAUCCUUACCCCAUUCGCAAUUGCGGUAGAAGGGCCGCAAAUGUGGGCUGCUGGCUGGCAAAAUGCUCUUGCUCAAAUCGGACCCAAUUUCGUUUGGUGGGUGGUAGCGCAGAGCAUUUUCUAUCACCUAUACAAUCAAGUGUCAUACAUGUCUCUUGAUCAAAUCUCUCCAUUGACAUUUAGCAUCGGAAACACAAUGAAACGGAUAUCCGUCAUAGUCUCCUCCAUCAUCAUCUUCCACACUCCUGUUCAACCCAUCAAUGCCCUCGGAGCUGCCAUUGCAAUUCUUGGCACCUUCCUCUAUUCACAGGGGACCAGAUUGUCUUACGUGUACAAAUAUGCUUUAUGCAAAGCAGUAAGAGGAAGUGGUCCAAGAUUUUAUGCCAAGAUGAUAAGAGAGUUUAAAAUGAAGGUACAGGCUUGGCAGGAAUCUUUGGCAAUGCUUUUGACAGACAAUUUGCGUGAGAUCCUGUGA